GUCUUGCUCCCUACUAGAUAAAUUCAUUCAUCUCUCUCUCUCUCUCUCUCUCUCUCUUAGUCUUGGGGCCUUCUCUGACCUCUCCCCUCCCCUGCUAUCAACCAGUUCGUCUUGGGUUCUCUCUCCGGUAGACUCUCUACGGCUUGACCAUCCAUAAAGGUGAAGAAAAUAAUAAAAAAACCUCUUCAAAGGAACCAAGACAAAAUCAAGAGGGAAUAUAGAUGGCUGAUGCUGCGGCAUGUGGAGAAGACACAUGGGUUGAUAUACCAGCUGAUCGAUGCUUAACACGUUAUGCAUUUGAGAAUGGACAUGAAGCUCAUAUUCGGCAUGGUAAGAUUGAGAUAGAUGGUAUCUCGGUCGAAAAGUCCUUUCUGUGCUUUGAAACAAAGAGUAAAGCUGAGGAUGUUCGUGAUAAUCUAUCAAAUCUCAAAGGUGACAGCUUUCUUAAGCCAUGUAUGAUCGUUUUACACGAAGAACGCCACUGGCUUGCUGUGGACAGGUUUGACUACAGCUUAGAACGCUAUUGUUAUCACAAUCAGGAACGUUGGGACAACUCGCGAGUACUACUUGACCGAAAAGAUGCAAAACUCGGUGACCCGAACCCAAAAGAAGAAGUCACCCGGUAUCAACUUAAACCAACGUAUCGACAAAUCGUCUGUGACAUUAUAACUGGCAUCUAUCAACUCCACAGCCAAAAAUACUGGCAUGGGGACCUCUCAAUCACAGAUAUUUUAAUAGUCAACGAUAGGGCGAAAUUCGCCUUCCUAAGAGGAGCCCGUGGUGGAUCGCCUGACAAAAGAGGAGAGGAUUUUGAAAAAUUGCGGAAGGUAUUUAAGGAGGUACUUGGCGUUGUCAAAGAUCGACAAAGUAGAAUGCCACGUACUGAGCUGAAUCAUUUUCAUAAAAAUGCUGCCCCAAAAAUCAACAAUUGGCCGAGUCUGGCGAAACUGUUCUUCCAUCCCCUUCUAAUGACUCCAAUGCAAAGGUUUCAUCUACCCGUUAUGAUGCGUACCAUAGAACGGUACUCAGAGUCACAGUACCAAUGGCUUGAACGUCGCCCAGGAGGGGGGCCGACUGGGUGGAAAGAAAAAGUUCGCGGAGACUACAAGGAGAUUCUAAGUUAUCGAAAAAAUAAUACCUGCAAGUGCAAGUGCAAGUCCACUUCCACUUCCACUUCCACUUCCACUUGCACUUGCACUUGCAUUUGCUCAGAACACCAAGAUAAAAAAGAAUACAAAGAUGAUGAUUGGGAUCAGUUUACGUUUGUCAGGAACACUAUUGUCCACAUCAAUGACUCUCGCAACAAAAAUGUUGACAAUGCCACAUCCUCGGGGGGAUCUAACAAACCAAAAAAAACAGCAAGAGACGUUGAGCAAGAAUUAUCAGUAAUGUUGACAUCAUCUUUCACGAAUGUGUACAAUCUCUUCAAUGGCAAAGCAUUGGCAUCAACUUCAGUACAAAUUUUUGAGGAGUGAGUCCAAGAAGAGGACCAGGCACCAUAAGAGCUCCGGGACUCUCAUCCUCUCGAUUUCAUGAAAUGGAUAGCCACAAUAAGCAGAAACCUAUGUUAGUUGGGUACUAUUAUCAAUGUUUGGUGUGAGUUAGUGAGUGGUUUUGAGGAGUUUCGUUUCAGUAUUUUGUCAACAACUUGUUACCAGGUUUGAUGUUUCAAGUACUCUUGUUUGGGGUAUUUAGGCAAUUGGUAGCAUAUUUGCUAUAAUUCACUUGAGCUAUAUAUGCCUAUUCGAGCAUAUCCUGCUACUUUUCUCUUUGUAAUAUUUUUAUUAUUAUAAUGAGGAGGCGGAUCCCCUCCGGUUCACAAUAUGGGAUUGGAGGA